CGUCAUCAGCGUGGUUCAUGCGGCUCCGACUUUCAGUUCGCCUUUAACUUUGACUCAAGCCCUGGCAUCGGCGGAACUCGGUAGUGACUCUGGUGGCUCUCCAUUGACAUCGCCAUCUGCGUCCCCGGGCUGUAAUCAUAAAUAUAUAUAUGUAUAUCUACAUACAGACUGGCCCGCUGUACAUAGGCCCAGUUAGUUAGUUUCAUAGUUAGUUAGUUAGUUACUUGCUUAGUGGUUGCUGUUGUGCCGUGAAUUUUCAUUUUCCCAAGAGCGCUGUUUCCGUCACAGCGUUCGCUGUUUGUAUCUUGUGAAACGUCGAAGCCCUUGAUUUUAGGCUACGGAUACGUUCGUUAGUCGACAUCUAACCAACUCGCUUGAGGGCCAAAAACAAAUGAACAAGUGAUUUUAAAGAACCUAAGUCUAAACCGGUAAAACUAUGUAAAAAGUGAGCUAAUCUGUUAAUAAAGAGCUAACAUCGUCCGUGCUUUGAAAAGUAUCUUUUCAACACCAAGUGUCAAUCGCUCAGUUUUCGAAAAUCCAAAUUUGAAGUGUGUAUUUUUCAAUAUCUUCAAAAUAAUCACCAGUGUAUAGUGAGAUUCAAAAAUAUAUUUACAUCACUCGCUGAUUGCGAAAUCGUGGCCGAAAUGUGGGUUAGGCUCUGAGCCACAAACAAAACAAAAUCUGACAACAAAUGGACGCAAAUUCACACAUGCCGUGGCACAUAAAUUUAUGGUUGGAACUGUAACUGGGCAAAAAUGCUCGGCCCGGCAGACAACAGCAGUAGCAGUGGCACCACCAUCUCCGCCAGCGAAUCACCAACCACCACCCACCAAUCCACCCGAACCGCCGACAAAGGGAAAAACUAACGGAAUAAUGCAACAUUAAGCAAAAUGCUGCUGGCCCUGCUAAAGCAAAGCCAACAACAACAACAACACCAACACCAAUUUCAACCUGCCACCACCGACGUCAGCAACAACAACUACAACAGCAGAAGCAACAACUGCAACUGCAACAACAUCAACGUCACCGUCACCGUUACCACGAACAUCGCCGUUGCCGUAUAAAAAUGGAACCCUCAUAUGAUCACGAACAUCCACAUCAUCUGCUAACAAAUUACAAUUCGAAGAAGUAUCCACACGUCUCGCGCACUCCGGAGUACAGCCACUCCACGGGCAGCGAUUAUCCGGAGCACGGUGGCUACCUAACGGAUGGCCGCCUGAUGCACGAGAGCAACAGCGAUGCCGGCAUCUACCACGUGCGCCAGGGAAGCGAGCACUCCUCGCCCAGUCUGCACUCGCCAGCCAUACAGAGCUCCGGAUACGAGAAUGAGCACCUGAACGAGGCGGUUCUGGCCGCGCACAGCCACAGUCACUCGCCCAUGCCAAUGGUGUCCAGUGCCUAUGUGAGCGGAGGAACUGCCUCCGGAUCGCUGAUUAACAGCAAUAUUCCUCUGCUCGGUGGCGGCGGUAAUUCGGUACUGAACAAAUUUCUAUCGCAUCCGCACGCUGGCAUGGUGGGCGGUGGAACCGGACAGAUGGAGGACUGCACAUCGCACUCGCCGAUUGAAGCGGCGUCCAUGUGGAGCUACGACUACAAGGGCGACCUGUGCGCCCCCAAUUGUGGCUAUCUGGAGCGGCACAAGCCGCUGCCCGCCGACCUCAAGUACCGGCCCGGCGGAACCCAGUCAAAAAGUGCCAAAGAAUCGCGCAUCCGGCGGCCGAUGAACGCCUUCAUGGUCUGGGCCAAGAUCGAGCGCAAGAAGCUGGCCGACGAGAAUCCCGAUCUGCAUAAUGCCGACCUCAGCAAGAUGUUGGGAAAAAAAUGGCGAUCGCUGACGCCACAAGACCGCAGACCCUACGUGGAGGAGGCGGAGCGUCUGCGGGUGAUUCACAUGACGGAGCAUCCGAACUACAAGUACCGACCCCGGCGGCGCAAGCAGUCCAAGCUGCGGGCCAUGCAGCCGGGCGGCAAGGAGCAGAGCGAGAGUUCACCCAAUCCGGGCACUGUUGGAUCCAAGUCCAAUCCCAAGCUGGCGACACCUCCGCUGGCCAACGCAUCAUCCAGCUAUACAACGCCCACCGACGAAAGCACCUGCAAUUCCACGAACCAGAAUCACGGCCAGUCAACUCCGGGUGGCCUCUACGAGCAACCGCUGAAGCCCACGUACUCGCCCAGUUCCGUGGACUGCUACAGCAAUGCGGACAGCACGGAACAGAUCGAGUCACUGGCCGCCAACUGUCCGCCCGCCCUGCUCAAUGAAUCGUCGCCCACGGGCGGAGGCUACGACAACUCGCUGUUGCUCAAGAAGUUAACCAAGCCGUCGCCCAGUCGUGCGGCCAAGUCGCGCCAGGAGAAGCUGGCCAAGUCCGAGGAGAAGAACAAGGGGUCGCAGUCGCAGGGACAGUCUCAGCAGGGUAUAUAUGCUGCCACCUAUCCGCUGGCACCCACCUCCGUGGCCGUGGUCGCAGCCAGGGGUAUGUACGUGACGUGCAACAAUCGGGGAUUGCUGGAUCAUGGUCACUCCGUCAAGGGCACAUUCUAUCCACCAGUAUCCGUUUCGGAAGAUGACAAUAGCACCUCAAUGCGGAACAGCAUCAGUGCUCUGCAGCAGCACUGCAAUGUGGUCACAAGUACACCCUCAAGCUCCGCCGGUACCAUGCCAACCAGCGAGAUGAGCAGCUACACGGUCUCCAUGGCGGAUAACUGCGGAAAUCUGAGGCUCAGCAUGAACGAGUUGUCCGGCAAUGAGUAUCUGCCCAGCGCCAAUGCGUAUGGGAUGCAGUACGAGGACUUCCUGCGCUAUCAGAGCAACGACAUGGACUACUCAACGUCGGCGGUGGAGCACAAGGAGCCCACUUCGGAUUCGGCGAGCGGCCAGAAGUGCCUUAAGUAUCCGGACACGAAUCAGAACUACGACGACUACGAGGCGGAGGCCUACAGUAACGCCAUGCUGCCUGCAACGGCAGCUAGCUACUACACCCAACUUCCGUAUCCGCCCACCUCGCUGGCCGCCUUUCCACUCCAGCUGGCCGUGCCGUUCCAGCAGACGACAUCGGGCGCCUACGGAGCGCAGCCCAUCCAGAGUGGUUACCUGCACUACGGCAACUAUGGCGGAUACGAGGGAAUGGCCCAGAGUCAGCCGCAGAACCAAGCGCCCGUCCAGCACCAGCAGGCAUCCCACUCGGCUCCGCCCUCCCUGUCAGCGGCACCCAACCAGACGGUGACCUCCAAUCCGGCAGCCAUUAGCAUGCAGCAGCACCAUCAUCAUCACUUUGGACCCGCACCCGGCAUGGUGGGCGUGGGCGUCGGAGUUGGAGUCGGAGUCGGUGAGAUGCUCUUCGAGCAGCAGCAGCGCAAAGAUGAUGAGAUUAGCAACAUUCUGGCAGGAGUGCGCAAGACCUGCUACAGCAACUGACUCUGAUCAGACAUUUGUAAUAUUUCGAGCCUAGUGUUUUAGAGAGUGGUUUAGGUAGUCUUAAGAUUGCUUUCCGCACCCACAACGUUCUUCCAACCCCUUCCCCAUAAAAUCUAGUAGUAGAACCCAUUGAAUUGUACAAUUAUUAGAACUGCAUAGAUACGAUACGAAACAAAAAAGAGACAUAACGAAAUAAAGUAAU